GUUAUUGCAUCUCAUCAUGUCGGACGUUCGCGUCAAGUUCAACCUAGCCAACGAUGGAGAAGGUCUCGACGAGGAUAUUUCAGAUUUUCCUCCCUCCAGCCCCACUCCUUGCCGGUGCUCACUGUGCUGGCCUUCAAUCUUACCACGAUUUGUACCGUUCCUCGAUCAACGAUGCUGACGAGUUCUGGCGUACCGUCUCAUCUGAACUCCAUUUCGAACAAGGAACCUCUAAGGGUCUCGAAUGGAAUUUCGACUCGAAAGCUGGAAAUGUCUUCGUCAAGUUUAUGGAUGGAGCCAAGACUAACAUCUCGUACAACUGUUUGGAAAGAAACAUUAAACGUGGAUAUGGAAACAAAAUCGCCUACAUUUUCGAAGGAAACGAGCCAACCGACACCUCCACCUGGACAUACAACGAGCUACACGCCCAAGUAGUCCAAUUCUCCGCUGUUCUGAGAUCUCAUGGCGUCAAACGAGGCGAUGUGGUUGCUUUAUAUCUUCCAAUGAUUCCCGAAUUAGCAGUUGCAAUGCUUGCGUGUGCCCGUAUCGGAGCAAUGCAUUCUGUUGUUUUCGCUGGUUUCUCUGCCGAAUCACUUGCCGCUCGUGUUGUCGACGCUCGCUGCAGAGUUUUGGUUACGGCGGACGGAGUUUUUCGAGGAGCUAAACCAAUUGGGCUCAAGUCAAUUGCGGAUGCAGCUGCCGUUCUCGCAUCGCAGGAAGAUGUCAAAGUGGAAGCUAUCAUUAUGGUGGAACACUUAAAACGAGUCACGAAGCCUGAUGGAGUGGAACUUCCCAAGGUCGAUUACACCGAUAUCACCGUCAUCUACGAUUCGGAGAUGCUCAAGUGUGCAGGCGUGGAUUCCCCGGUAGAAUGGAUGGAUUCUGAAGAUCCGCUAUUUAUUCUCUACACAUCUGGCUCAACCGGAAAACCGAAAGGUAUUCAACACACUACAGCUGGAUACAUGACGUACGCCUACGCAACCACAAAAUACACUUUUGAUGCACAAGAAGACGAUGUUUACUGGUGUACUGCCGAUUGUGGAUGGAUCACCGGACACUCGUACCUUCUUUAUGGACCUUUGAUGAAUGGGCUCAAGGGAAUUUGGUAUGAAGGUGUGCCGACUUAUCCGACUCCUUCUAGAAUGUGGGAUGUCACUGAUAAGUAUGGUGUGACCAAGCUGUAUACCUCACCAACAGCCGCAAGAGCUCUUAUGGCUCUCGGAAAUCAGUGGCUUGAAAGCUCUUCUCGCAAAACUCUCAAGGUUAUCGGAACAGUUGGAGAGCCCAUCAAUCCUGCUGCAUGGAUGUGGUUGUACAAGCAAGUUGGACUUUCCAAUGUAUCCAUUGUGGAUACUUACUGGCAAACUGAAACUGGAGGACACAUGAUCACAUGCCUUCCAGGAGCAACUCCAAUGAAGCCAGGAGCAGCUGCAAUGCCAUUCUUCGGAGCAUCUCCAGUUCUUUUGGAUGCUGAAGGUCGUGUUAUUGAAGGUCCGGGAGAAGGAUCACUAUGCUUUGAUCGUGCCUGGCCUGGAAUGAUGCGUGGAAUCUAUGGAGAUGAGCAACGCUUUGUCAAGACCUAUUUGGCUCCAUUCAAUGGAUACUAUUUCACUGGAGAUGGUGCCAGACGUGAUGAAGAUGGAUACUUGUGGAUAACUGGACGUGUUGAUGAUUUGAUGAAUGUCAGUGGUCAUCUUCUGUCUACUGCUGAAAUUGAAUCAGCUCUUGUGGCUCAUGAGAAAGUUGCUGAAGCUGCCGUUGUUGCUGCUCCACAUGACAUCAAGGGAUCCUUCCCAUACGCAUUCGUCACUUUGAAUGUUGGAGAGAGAAUCAAUGAAAAGCUUGUGGCUGAGCUCAAGAAACUAGUUCGCGAGAAAAUUGGUGCAUUGGCUGUUCCAGAUGUUAUCCAAGAAGCUCCAGGACUUCCAAAAACUCGUUCCGGCAAGGUUACCAGAAGAAUCUUGAGAAAGAUUGCUGAAGGAUCCGAAAGUGGAAUCGGUGAUACUACUACUCUAGUCGACGAAUCUGUCAUCAAACAACUAAUCUCUGGACGUUCUGCACGUGCAUAAACGAACUUGAACAAUUGUAAAUCAAUUCAAUUCUUACUAUUAAUGUUACUUUUUCUGUAUUACUUCUCUUUUCCCCCUCUAUCGUUGUAAUUUCUGCAGAAUCAAUGCAAGAUCUAAACUUUUAACCCCAACAUGACCUUCUUUGUAAUCAAGAUGCAUUCCCUGAUUGACUCCUGUGUAGAAUUAAAUUCCAGUGUUGUAAUUUCCCCCAGUAAUUUAUUGAACCCUGAAUUCGAAAUUAGAAAACAAGUAAAUGAUUCAGAACUGA